AUGUCUCAAAGGCCUAUAGGUCCAAGUGCUGAGGCGCCAGCUCCGUGUAGUCCAGGUCUUGCUGAGGCUGGAGGGGAGUAUGGGUGUGGUACAGCUGGGUGUGGGCAACAGGAAAGGAGGCAAACAGGUGUGGAAGGUGUGAGUGGUGUUGGGUCAAGCGAUCCAUGGUUUACAGGUGUUCAGAGAGAUCCCUGGGCGUUGUACGGAAGUCGUAUGCGUGCUGGAAUGGGACCUGUGGAGUCUCAUGUUAACAUGCCGUGUCCACCUUCGAGCGGUACGUCUUCAGUUGCGAGUGCAUGUGCUGGUAUUAGGCCAGUGGCGCCAGUUCCAGGUUUGUCAGUGCCUUCGGGUCCUGCGAGGAAUCUUUCGACAGUUCCGAGUCAAGGAUGUUGCAGUCAGGUUUCUGGAGAUAAUGCUAGUGCAGGGAGACAGCUGCUUGAUCGCAUGAAUGCGCGUGAGUUGCAGUCCUUGUAUGCAGAUCUUAGCCAAAGACUGAAUGUCCCUGUGAGUGGACAGUUCGUUCCUGAGAGAUUGGGGCAGUCGCCACCUGAUUUGAAUGUGCCAGCUUUUGUGAGACAUCAAGGUAACACGUUACCUGGUGUUCCAGCUGAAAAUGCGAGGAGCAGUGAAGACAAAGACGUCUUUAGUCGCAGUGAGAAGUGGCUAGGGUCUCCACCUUCGCCAAAUCAUCAAGCGUGGAAAGGGCGUGAAUCCGAAGUGCUGGGCAUGAAUGCCUAUAUUCACGAGUUGGUUGCAUGGGCGAAUCAAGCAAGUGUUGAGUUUGGAAAGGAGAUCGCUCAGGCCGCGCGAUGGCCUACACAGAUUGCAUGGAACACGUUGUCUAAGAGUCAACAAGCGCGAGGAGUUCGUUUGUUUAGUGUGCUGAAGGCAGCGUUUGCAGAUCAUGGGCGGAUAACUCUUAUGAUCCAAAGCUUCGGAGAAGGGCUUGACAUUGUUGCAGUCGCCAUGCAGGGAGAUGUUUUCGGGAACUCUCUUUCGUAUAUGGGUAAUGGUUUUGAGUUGCUUAGGCAGCUUGCCAAGGAGUUUUCUUUGAGAAGUCGUGCUGAGGCUAUGAGUCUCAGGGCGAUGCUGAUGGCAAGAACGUUUCGAGCGCAAGACUCGUCAGCUCCAGUUGCUGACACAGUGCGUCAGAUUGAGGUGGCAGUGGCAAGGUUUGUGCGUUUACUUUCGACGCUAGAUCCUAGAGAUGCUGCUGGGUUUGCUUUGACUGACAGUGAUCAGCUUACGCUUUUGAUGAGGUCUUUGCCUGAGAGCGCAAAGGCGUAUACGUUACAUCAUUCGCAGGGUGAGACAUAUGCCUCAUAUCGAUCUUCAGCUUUGCGAUGGGAACAUCAGCAGCGUUUGUUUCUUGAGUUGCAAGGGGCCAAAGGUUUGUUUGGCUUGCAUGAAACCGAGUUUUCUGAGAGCGCAGGUUCGCCUGAGGCAGGUGAGGGAAUGGAUGGUCACGUCUUUGGCAUGAGUGCUAGGCCUUCUGAUGCUGGGAGCGGUGUGAAGUGCAACCGUUGUGGCAAGAAGGGGCAUCAAGUGAAUCAGUGCACGGCAGACCUUUCCAAGGUUAAGUGCUUCAAGUGCGGAGAGAUGGGCCACAUAUCUUUGAACUGUGCCAAGGGCAAGCAGGGUGAUGUUUCUCAGUCGAGUGCGAGGCCUAAGGGUUCUGAUGGCAAAGGUGCUGCUGCGGCCAAGGGUCAAGAAACGGGGGUUUGGUGGUACACAGAUGCUGAUGAAUCUUUUUACACCGAGGAAGGUGAUGAGCAAGAAGCACAGCAGGUGGACUCCACUCUUGUGUUAUCUUGUGUCAUUGAGUUAACUGAUGAGCCCAAUACGCGUUUUGAAGCUGUCUGUGAAGACAGCGAGUCGGUGUCUGUUGUGCUCCAAGAGCAGUUGUGUCAACCUUUGUUGCAGUCGUUGGGUCAGUCGCUUGGAAGUGAGUUUUGGCUGCUUGACUCAGGUGCGUCAUGCUGUGUUAUCAACCAUGUGACGUUGAAGACGCUUCCGCAUGAUGAGUUGACUGCAUGUGGUUCGACGUUUAUGGCUGCGAAUGGGACUCCUGUUCCCUUUGAUGGUCGCUGCCAUGUUGUGCUAAAGGUUCGCACAAAGGAUUCAAGUGGAGCUACCAAGAAUGGUGUCUGCAAGAUUCCUGUGAUGGUGGGUGACACUCCUUACAAUAUCCUGUCAACGCGAACUCUUGGAAGGCAUGGUUGGCGUGUUGUCUUGGAUGAAGGCGUUUCUGUGUGUCAUGUGAAGUCGGGUGUUGAUAUGAUUGAUACCUGUAUUUGGUGUGACACGCCUUGGAUCCGCGUGAUUCCUCAUUCAGAAGGUGAUCUCUUGUUGCCGUCGGAUGCCUCAGUUGAUCCUGCUCCAAUUUCCUUGAUUGGACAUGUUGCAGUUGUUUCGCAGAAGACCAAGGAAGAUCUUGAAAUUCACAGAGCAAAGGGCCACAUGCCCUUCCAUCCUGAUUGCGAGCAUUGUCUGAAGUCCCGAGGUGUUACCCAACACAGGCGAAAGUCUGAGCGCGGAGUGGAAACAGAGAUUGUUGCAGAUUUUAUGUUUCUCGACUCUUCUGGAGAGACGAUCAGCGUAGCUGAGCGCCAGACAAGUAGCUCUUUCAAGGUCCUCGUCCUUCGUGAGGCCUUUUCUUCUUCUAUUGGGGCUGUGAUGAUAACUGAGAACAUUGCAAAGGACAGAGGUCUUCUUUUGAAGUGGCUUGCUGAGUUUGGGUUGUCGUCCUCACAGGCAAGCAUUGUGCUUUUGACAGAUUCCGAAGAAGCGGUGAAGUCGUUUGUUGCAGGUGCGUCGGAUAAGUACAUCUUUAUGGUGCGCAAGGCUGCGCCACAAGCUCAUGAACAGCUUGGUGGUGCGGAAAGGACAGUCCGGGUCCUUAAAGAAGGGCUAGCUACUCUGCAAAGUGAUUUUCAGUCGCUUGGUUGCGUUUUGUCGUUUCGGAGAGACUUGUUGCAGCUUGCACUUUCUUACCUGUGCAUGAGUGUGAAUUCGAAUGGCAAAGCUUUUGGCGGUGAACGCUCUCCAAAGGAGGUUGCAGUUGGUCGAAGGUUGCCAGAUACCCCUUUUGCGUUGUUUGGGUCCAAGGUGCUUGCUGAGGUCCCUGAGUCUGUGAAGGCUUUGUGCCCGAAUAUGUCGCGUUUUGAGGCGGCAGCUUUUCUUCACCCACAAUUUGGGUCGCUUGGGAGCUUGGUGUAUGCGCAUGUGCGUGUGGGCCAGGUCUUGACGCCAAAGGUGUUUGUUGCCAAGUCGAUCAAGCUUGUGUUUCCGAUUGAGCUUGUCUUCGAGUCGGGGAUGUUUGAAGUUUUGCGUCGUCGUGGUGAGCUUGGGCCUGAGAGAUAUGAAGCGUGGUUGCGGUCGCAAGUUGCAACAGAUGACAGCAUGGACGUUGAAGUGCCUGUGGCUUCGGAUGCAGAGGCUAUGCGUGAAGCUCUUUCUGAGCUAGCCGAGGAUGAGUCGAGGCAAGACCGAGCUGUGGAGGAGGCUCAGGGUUCUCCUUUGCCUCCCCCGGCCAAUGGGGACGCUGCUUCGUCUGAGGCUCCAGCGAGGAUUGUGAGCGAGGCGGCCCCCAGUGGUCGUGUUUUCACGCGUGGUUGUCCUGCGUGCGAGUCUGGCAUGAAUGCUCCUGGCAUUCGUCACAAUGCUGAUUGCAAGCGAAGGAACCAACAUCUCAGUGUUAGAUUUUCUGUUUCUGGGGAGCCCGAUGAUGACGAAGCUUCAUCCAGGCGUCUGCCUGAAAAUCUUGAAGGAGCUGCUGCUCCUGAGUCUGAGGGCAUUGGGGCUCUUGAUGAGGACACUGAGAUGCCGUUUGCCGAUCCAGUGUUGACUGGAAGUGAAGGCGGAGGCAGCCUAGAGGCUGAAGAAGUGCUUCGUGGAAGCAGUGCUGUGAAACGCUCCUCUGAAGUCCCGUUGGAAGAUCUGGAGCGUGAGAUCAGGCAGGACCAAGAAAGGGUUGCUUCAGUUAUGGUUACCUUCCACAAUUGCGAAACAGGGAAUGAUGUUCACAUGCCUCUUGCGAGUUUUGUUGAGCAGGCGUUCCAGGUUUCCAAUUAUGUCCCUUUGCUUUCAGGGCUUGUGGAUUCGGUUCAGUUCGCCCCGAACUCUACGAGUGUUGUUUUGCCGUUUGGAAAAAGAUCGCAUUUGAGACUUUGGAAGCCUAGUUCCGCUGUUGAUGACUCUACCUUGGGUGAGCUUUCAGGAGAUCAGGUCAUGGAAGGCAUGGUCAAAGAAGUCAACAAUUUGAGUCACAUGGAAACUGGGGAUCUGUUGACUGCUUCAGAACUUCAGAGUCUUGAGAAGAGGUUCCCAGGUACCUUGAAGGUCAUCCCUAGUCGUUGGGUCACGACGCAGAAAACACCAACUACAGUGCGAGCUAGGAUUGUCAUCAAGGAUAUUGCUGGCAAGAACUCAGAGUCUGCAAGGGCUUUGGGCAUCUCGAGUCCUACUCCUAGUGCCGAUGCUUUGUUCACGGUUCUUGGGGUUGCAGGUUGCAGAGAUUGCGUGAUUGCAGGUGCUGAUGUAUCUCACGCUUUCAUGGCUACGCCUUUGAGAGAAAGGGAUGUGGUGAUGAGGUUUCCUCUGUCAGUGUCUUCGGUUUCAGGGGAUCCUUUGUAUCUUCACCUCAACAAAGCCCUCAAUGGGCUACGCAAGGCUUCGCAAGAAUGGAUCUACUUCGUAGGGGAGACUGUGAAGGUUUUGGGGCUUCAAAGUUGCAGCUUAGAGCCGUGUCUGUUUUCAGGCAUGCUUGAGUCAGGUCCCUGUUUGCUGUUGGUCUAUGUGGAUGAUUUUCUGUGCAUUGCGCCAACAAAGGAGGAUGCAGAUCACAUCUUUGAGGUGAUUGAGAAGAAAGUUGAACUCAAGAGAACCGGGUUGAUCAAUUCUUCCAAGGAUGGCGGUGGCACUUUGCGGUUUAUUGGUAGGGUUAUCUCCAGGAGAAAGGGGGAGUCCUCUAUCACAGUGUCUUUGCCAGAAGAUUAUUUGGAUGAGACCUUCAAGGCUUAUGGUCUUUCGGGAAAAGGUUCCUCAAGUCCUCCAGAUGUUGCGGUUCAUGUUGAGAAGCAAGAUGGGGUUCCAUUGUCUCCUGAGGCGUAUGCCAGGUUCAGGUCUGCGUUGGGGAAAGUAGCUUGGAUGACGCAGACUCGUCAGGACUUGCGUGCUUAUGUGUCAAUCUUGGCAACGCAGCAAGCCACACCCACGAAUCAUACUGAGCAUGGUCUCCGAGCCUUGCUUCGAUUUCUGAAGAACGACAUGUGCGUGGUUGUGCGGUUGCCUGCUGCGAGUGAUGUGUUGGCUCCCUCGCAACACUACCAAGGAAAGAGGCACCUUGUGUGUUUCUCUGACGCAUCGCAUGCGCCUUUGAGGUGCACGAAGCGCCGUGGCAUCAGUGGAGGAGUGUUGACACUUGAUGGCUGCGUGAUAAAGACUUUGUGUCGUCACCAACAGCUUGUGUCGCUGUCGUCUAUGGAGUCAGAGCUGUUUGCGUUGCAGUCGGUUGCUCAAGAAAUGUCGAGUCUUGGAAAGUUCAUGGCAAGGGUCUUCAUGUCGUUUCGAGAAAGCGAGGAAGUUGAAUUGCCUGGGAUACUUUACAGUGACUCAGAAAGCGCUUUGAAGCUUCUUCGCAAUUUGGACACACCCAGACAAAGCAGACAUCUUGAGAUAAGAGUCGAGUGGCUUAAAGCUCGUGUCGCAGCGGGUUCUUUGGUCCUUGCGUUUAAGAAGGGAAUCGAAAAUCCGUCAGACCUCUUGACUAAAUGUUUGGGGUCCUCGGCUUUCGGGAUACAUCGCGAAGCGUUGGGCUUUGAGUCGCUGUCGGGACCACUUGCGUCUUUGUGCAAUCAUGAGAAGAGAUUGGUGAUGGUUGAAGUGUGCUGUCGACCGCAGUCGAGUGUUCAAGGUGCAUGUCGCAGAGUCGGGAUGAGUUACGUUGGCGUGACUGAGAACAUGCAGAGUGACAGCGUGUUCAAAGAGGUGCGUCGAUAUCUUCUGAACUUUGCGUGUGACUGCGUGUUUGUGCAUGUGUCCACGCCUUGCUCUUCUGGAUCUUACUUGCGUCGGUUCUCUGGCGGGAGCUCGUCGAAGUCGGAUUGGGAAUGGUUUGAGGUGUUUCCUUGUGUGUUGAAGUACUUGAAGCUUGGGAAGCACUCGAGCUUUGAGCUGCCAUGGAACAAUGAGAUUUGGCAACAUGACUUGUGCCAGAAGGUGCUGAAGAAGGCAGGCCACACGUUCGAUGUGCCGGUGAGGUUGUGCAUGACUGGUGUGCUAAGCAUGCAAGUCUGUGGCAAGUUGGGUGGACCGAAACAGGUUUUUACACUCCGAAACUCGCUGAUGCGAUUGUUCGAGGUGCGAACUCGUGCUGCCAUGGUUCUCACGACCGAUGAACGCAGGGAGCUGCGCCGUUUGCUGGAUAAGAUGGAUUCUGCAGAUGGCUUGGCUUCGACUGCCAAUACUUCUAUGACCGAUGGGACCAAGCGUCUCAGAGAUGUGGGUGGAUAUCCAGAGGAUGGGUCUACUGCAUCAGGAUCUGCUUGCGGUGCCCAGCUGCCGAUUUCAAAGGGAAGCGCAAAGGGUGCUGUGAGCACUCCCAAGUGUUAUGAAGACCUCGUCGAUGCAUUCGAGGGGGAAGAGUUUGGGGAUAGCGACAAUGUGAUUGUCGUGAGCUAUGCAGGUACUGAGGUCACCUCGGUGCCACUUCCAAGUAAUCUAUCUAUGGAGGAUUGGGGUCGGACAAUCUGCGAUCUGCCAAAGGUCCAGAAGAAUAAGAUGUGGUUUAAGAAGUCCUAUGCGACCUUGGUCAAGCUUGCCAAGGAGGAUAGCGACCUUGCAAGCUACCUCAAUUGGAUCAAGGAGAAAUUUGGUCGCAAUUAUGAUCCGACGACCUCCUCCAGUCAGUCCUCGGACCUUGCGGGGUAUUUGAUGAGGAUUGGUUUUUCAAAGCAGAAGGGAUUCCAGCGCAAGUUGGCGGAGGAGUAA